AUGAAGCUCUCCCUUGUGUUUGAGCUUCUACUUAUAUUUGUUUUACUUGCAUUUGCAGCCUCUAAGAAUAUAGGUCAUCAAAAGAACCAUAAAAAAGACAUUCAGAAAGCAAAUGACGGCAUAUCGAUAGAGGACAAUAGUAUCAACAAAUACUGCAAGUGUUCAGAGGCGUACUGUAAUUGUUGCAGAGAUUUUGCAGUUCCUGUUCUAAAUCUAAACGGACCAGGAUGUGCUUCGUUAAUGUAUUUGAAUGGCGACAAAAUGUCGGUUUCAUUAAGUUUCGGCAACAAAGUAAUUACAAAUCGGACACUUUCAAGUCGCAGACCUAGUCCAGUUUGCAUGCCUCUUCCCGGAGGUAUAUCAAAGUUUUGUGGACGAGUGUAUAAUAUUGCAAGAGCUGGAGAAGAAUUCAGAGCCUGUCUUGGAUUGGAACUUCAAGCUAAAAGUACUGUAGAAGCAGCAGUUAGAGUAUCCUGCUUCAAGUUUGGACCGAGGGGUGUCAUUUCUGAGCCUGCCGAUCCAUUGCCCCUCGUGCCCCAAGAUGAGAAGGUUACUGAUGACGACGAUGAUGAUGACGACGACGAUGAUGACGAUGACGAUGAUGCUUUUGGACUCGAGGCAGAUGAUGACGAUGACGAUGAUGAUGAAGAAGACGACGACGAUGAUGACGAUGAUGGGGGGCUUGAUGCUGUCAACGACGUAGAUAGUGCGGACUAUACAGGUUUCAGCUUAUUGGGUGAAGACCUGUUAGGAGGACUAUUUGGCUCGACAGGUGGUAAAAAAACUAACAAAAAUAAAAACAAGCAAGCACCAUGGCCUUCAACUACAACAACGAGACGUCCCCGUCCCAAUCGUAGAACCACGAGAAUACCUACUACAAGAACUACUACACCAAGAACUACAGUCACACGGACAACUACUGUAAGGGUACGUCCUGUCAAUCGUAGACCAACACGUAGACCCGUUCGACGACCGACCAGACGAUCAACGACAGUUUCUACUACCUUAAAUGUUGAAAGCACUACUUUGUCAACAAUAUCCACAACAAUAGAGCCAGUAACUUUAGUGGAUUCAAAAAUUUCUAUCAAUGAGCCACUGAAUAACUCUCAAAAUGUUGAGGCGCAUCAGGUAAUACCAAUAACUGAAAAACCUUUACCAUCUUCUGUUUCAACGACCACAAAAAGUGACACUACCUUUGAAGAUCCUGGCAUAGAAAUGUCUUUGGCUCAUAUUACUGGACAAUUAUCUAUUUUGCCAGUUACUCAAUUAAUCCCUACGGACAUGAAGGAGCCAAGUGCGCAAGUAGUUAAUAAUGAAGACAUGAAUUUCGAAAAAGUGGACACAGUUACAUCCAAGCCGCAUUCAACCAUUCCUUUUGCUACUACAGUGGAUGAUGAUAAUGAUGAGGAAAUGAUUCAAAUAGUUCAAAGCCUGGAUUCUCAUUCGGAAGAACACGCUGCUGAUAGUGAGAAUGUAGUAGAUCAAACAAGAUCACACAAAAUUGAACCAAUCCACCAUUAUGAAGGACUUUCUUUGCCAAAAAAGAAGCAUCGGGGAGGACAGUUCCGUUUAGGUGAUUUUGAUGUUUUGGAUUUGACUGGCAUUGGUGAAAGUGUUGGACACCAACUUGGAAUAUUCGGUAAACAUAAAAGGCAAAAUAAAAAUAAAGUUUACAAACCUCAAAACAUGAAAGGUGUUAAUGACUAUGACGACAUGCUUGGACUAGAUGCUUUAAGCGAUUCAAUUGAUUUACCUGAUAUAGACGAUUUGAGCAGAAAAGACAGAAGACGACAAAACAAAAUGAUGCGCGGAUUAUGGCCGCAAUCAUGA